AGGUUUGCCGCCAUCGAGUUUGAAAUUCUACCGCCAUCCAACAAAAUAAACGAGAGGAUGGCUCAAAGGCUGUUCUCACGCCUUUCGCUCCUCCAAUCCCUCUGUAGAAUCCCUAAACCCCGUUUGGAACCAAGAUUAGAGGCUCUUUCUGACUCAAUUACUUCAAGGAAUGGAGUCAAUCUCUGGGUUUCCCACAAUUUACAAGUGUCACGGUCAUAUGCCCGUGGAGACCGUAAAUAUUAUGAUCUCUUUGGCAAUGUAAAACCUGGGGAUGCAGAAUUCAGGAAAGCCUGGGAGAAAGGAAUGGAUGAAGAGUCUUGUAUAUGGACAGGAAGUGAAGAUGAAAGUGAUGAUGAAAAAGGCCAAGGUCCUCUUGAAGAAGAGAUCAAAAGAGUAAAGCAGGAAGCAAAUGAGCAUUCAGACCUCAUUGAUGCUGAUGACAGUGAUGAAUUAAGAAGUGUAUGGUCUGGAAGUGAUGAGGAGAAGACACUUUGGACUGGUAGUGAAGGUGAUGAUGACGAUGAUAUUCCUACAGAAGCCUACCCAAAUGAGAAGAGUGAUGCAUAUCUAGAUAAAUUAUUCGAGUUUGAGGAACCACCUAAGCAUCGAACCAUUUCAGAACUAUUGAAAGCUGAAAAUGAACCAGAGGAGAUGUCCCCAGGAAAGCAAGCUAGGAAAAUUGCAGUUGAGAAUGCUCUGAAAAAAUUGAAGAAAGGACCAGAUGGACGGUACACCAAUGUGUGGGAGGUCAUGAGUGAUCUUGACAUCCUAAUAGGAGCAUUUGAAAAUAUUGCGUCAGGGCCAGAAUAUGCGGAGCUGAGACAGGGUGGGCCUAAGAAAUUAAAUAUUCAAUUCUUCAAGGAUAUACAAGCGCGUAUGAGAGAUCCAAAUUACAAGUUUUCACCUGAGUUAAAGUUGAAACCUAAGAGCAAAUUGGUUUCAAGAAAGAAAUGGCAAAAAGCCCAGUCUAGACGGAGGAAAGCGCAGAAGCGCUAGUUGUUACUUUUCAACUCUUGACUUUGCAAAAACAUACCUGUAUAUUUUCUGACUAGUGGGAUUUUAUAUAUUUCUUGCUAUAUUGUAUAACAUGAUAGAUAAUAUUGGCUUAUAUUGUUAUAGAGACGAUCCUUGACGUAGACAGAUUUUUGGCUUACAA